ACAGAGAGAGAGAGAGAGAAAAAAAGUUGGCUGCUGCAGCGAGAAGUUAAAUCACGGAAAAGAUAUGUGUUGCUGCCUCAUCUAGCACAGAGGAAAAAGAAGGAGCUCCUGCACUUAUUGUCUUUUCUUCCCUCCCUCCUCAAACUUAACGACAUGGAGUCAGCCAUCCAGACACUGGUGACUACAUUCCUUGGUUCUACCAAAGGCAAGGAGAGCAUGGAUGGGAAGUCCUUCCAGAAGAUGGUAAAGAAGCACCUUAGCGGUGUCAUGGAGGACACAAACAGCUCGGCGGCCAUCAAGGAGAUGCAGAAUGGCCUGGAUGAGAACAAGGAUGGGAAAGUCAGCUUUCAGGAAUACCUCACUCUGAUUGGCUACGUUGCCAAAUCGGUCAGCGAGAGCAAGUGCCCAUCCAACGCGGCGUCAUAGAUGGAGACAUAUUUGGGGCCGUGCUGUUUUGUGCUUCUUUUUAUUCCCCCCCACACAUUAACCAACCUGUUGUAUCAACCAUUGUCCUAACCCGCUAAUGUCCGUCUUGUAUUCAAUGCUCCCUCCAUGUUGAUCUCAAGAAAACAUUAAAGAACUCCAUGUCAAGAAUGCAAUUAAAGCUUUAUACUGACAUCGCA